AGCCUUUCCUACAAAUAUCAUACGAUAAUUCGGCUUUGAUCUAAGCGUAGUGUAAUUGUUGAUCGUGUACGUCAAACAAAAAUAUAGUACUUAAAAAGCUGUAUCUAUUUAUUUCUGCAUAUUAUUUAAGCGUUCGAUAGAUCAAAUCAUCGCGCUACAAAAUGUAUUUUAAAAUAUGUAAUGUUAUCGUAAUAUUUUUAAUGUUUUUAAAUAAAUGUCAAGGUGCCGUGAGAGUGGAUCCUCUAGUUGAUACUAAAGUUGGUUUAAUUCGUGGAUUAAAAGCGGAUGAUGGAGAUUACUCAAUGUUUUUAGGCAUACCGUACGCUGAUGUAGAUGAAAAUAAUCCUUUUGGACCAUCUACACCUCACCAAAAAUUUGAGGGCAUAUUUGAUGCCGUACACGACUCGGUAAUAUGCCCCCAAAACUUGGAUAACGGUACAGCUGUUGGUGUCAUCGAUUGUCUUCAAUUAAAUGUAUAUGUACCAAAGUCGGCGAAUUCCAACAAUAAGGUACCAGUACUAGUAUAUUUCUAUGGUGGCAGCUUCUACAGAGGCUAUGCUAACAGAGAUUUAUAUGGACCGAGAUUUCUCGUCAAGCAUGAUGUUAUUCUUGUGACUGUAAAUUAUCGAGUGGGAGCUUAUGGGUUCAUGUGCCUCGAUACACCCAAUGUUCCUGGAAAUCAAGGUCUAAAAGAUCUAUUGAUUGCGCUUAGAUGGUUGAAAAAUAACAUCGAAUCGUUUGGAGGAAAUGCUAAUAAAAUAACGUUAUUUGGUCAAAGCGCCGGAGGAAGAGCCGUUGAUUUUCAUUUAAUAUCUGAACAAGAGAAACUGUUCGAUAAAGUUAUCAUACAAAGUGGUAUUUCAAUAUCUCCACCUGUUAUAGGAGAAGUUGAUACAAGGGCACCACUGAUGCUCGCUGAGAAGAUUGGUUUUAUCCCUGAUAAUGUUCCCGAAGCUUUAUCCUUCCUCGCUACAGUCGAUCCACAAAUUGUGGUAGCCGCAGCUUCAGAAAUUGACUACACAUUUAGACCAUGUGUAGAAAAUGAUUUUGACAACGUUGAAAAGUUUGUCACAGAUUAUACAAAUAAUAAAAGGAUGCCUAAGGUAAAGACAACACCAAUAUUGACAGGGUAUAAUGACAAUGAAAUGUUUUUCGCACACGCAGGUAGAGACAAUGAAUACUUUGAAAAUCUUAACAUAUUUGAAGAUACUUUGAAAAGUUAUUUUGACUUCGAUGAAAAACGUUUAAAGGAAAUGGCGAAUUUAGUUAGACAAUUCUACAUUGGGGAUGAAAAAAUGAGUAUAGAAAAUGUGCAAGCUAUAGCCGAUUUUCAUUCUGAUUUUACAUACUUACAUCCAAUUCAUAGAAGGACAUCUCAAAACAUGUUAAAUGGAGCUCAAACGAUAUAUCAUUACUUAUUUUCAUACAAUGGUAGAAGGAACAUGUCGUUUAAAAGAAACGUAACAAUGAGCGGCGCGGGCCAUGGCGAUGAGAUCGGUUAUCUGUUCCAAACACGGAGUUUGAUCAAUGAUGAGAUAACAGUAGAAGAUCAAAUAAUGAUUGAUCGAAUGACAACUCUUUGGACAAACUUUGCCAAAUACGGUGACCCUACACCAACUGUGACUGAGUUAUUGCCAAUCAAAUGGAAACCUAUAACAGAAGAAAAAUUAUAUUAUUACAAAAUAGAUUCAGAAGUUAGUUUGGAGACUAGGCCAUUUAGUAAGAGAAUGGCUUUUUGGGACUUGUUCUUCAAACACAACAGACAACUACAAAAAGGAUAUCAAAGGUCUUAGGAUGUUCAUGAAAAGAUGUUUGUAUGAUUAUUAAGAAUAAAAGACUUUUUACUACUCA